GCUACGGAAGUGCAGACUUGCCGAAACAGUGGCGUGUGGCCCCUAGCAGGCUAUACUUAGCAAUAACAAAAGUACACUUUAACAUUUAGGCAUUACAUGUAGAUAACUGACAUUUAACGAAAAAUGGGAGCAAACAACAGUACCCGGCGCGUGUCAUUUGAGUCGGACGAGAAUGAGAAUGUGUCUGUGGUGAAGGGCAUACGGCUUUCUGAGAAUGUCAUCAACCGUAUGAGGGAACCUGAAGCUCCACCUAAAGCUCAACCUAAAGCUCCACCAAAAGUCCUGCCUGCUCCCUCUUCACCACCUUCUAUGACGCCUACCAUCACUCCUUCUCCUUUCAUACGUCCAGUGCCUCCCAUCUUUGACCAUAUCACCCCAUUGCCUCCUCUCCCUUCCCUUGUAGAACCUGUUGCACCUCCUCCAGCUCCAUCUACCACAGAGACUGUAGCUGCACCUCCACCUCCUCCACCUCCUGCUAAAACACCUACAGAACAGGUAGCAGCACCCACCAUAAUUGACAUGGUGCUCCCAACUUCAUCUGUCCCUGCUCCUGCUUUUGAGCCUGUGGCGGCACCUCCUCCUCCUGCAGCUGUUGUUGUUGUUGAGCCAGUCAUUUUGCCUCCUGCUACUCCCAUUGCUACCCAGAUUCUUGCUCCAUGCCCUGCUCCAGCCGAAGUGGAAGUGAUCACUCCACUUGCUCCUCCUAACCUUUCAAUCGAAUCUUCUCCCCCUGCCAUGAAUGAAUCCAUUGCUAUUUGUCCUUCAUUAAUUGAAGCCAUUGCUGCUCCAUCUGUAGCCUUAGCACCUCCUCCACCUGUCAAGACAGAGCCCACCAUAGCUCCCCCUGUUCCCGAACUGGAACCCCUUUCUUCCCCUCCUGUUUCUGAGCCUGUCACUAUCUUGCCGCAGAAAGCUGAGCCAUUUGCUGCACCUCCUCUGCCUGAGUUUACUGCUCCUUGUGAACCAGUUGCACCUCCUCCUCAGUCCCCAGUGGAGCCAGCAUCUCCUGUCCCUGAGCCAGUGGUAGUACCUGAGGUGAUCUCAAUCCCACCACCUGCUGCUGCUGCACCACCCGUUGAUGAAGUGGCCCUGAGGAAGACCAUCACUGAUGAGCUGCACAAAGACAUGGAGCAGGAUCGGGCCAAGGCAGAGCAAGAGCUGCAAGCCUGGGUAGAGACGGAGAAGGCUCGUGCAGCGGCCCAUGCUCAGGAUGAUGCCCAGUCCCAGGUUCAGGGGGAGGUGUCCAGGAUCCUGCGUGUGGAGCGGGCGGCGGCCGAGGGGAGCAUCCAGCAGGCUGUCAUUAGAGAGAGGAUCGCCACUGAGGACGAGAGGCUCCGCGCUCAGCUCUUUGAGAUUGGGCUGAAGGCCAAGCAGCUGGGGGCCAGGGAAGCAGACCUAAAGAAGCAGGAUGCUUUCUACAGAGAGCAGGUGACCCGGCUGGAGGAGAGGAGUGCUCAGUUCUACAAGGUCACCACAGAGAACUACCAUAAAGCUGCCGACCAAGUGAAUGCCAAGUUCAGGCGCUAUGAGACGUACCCUGUGUGUGCAGACCUGCAGGGCCAGAUCCUGGCGUGCUACAAGGAGAACGUCGGGAAAACCCUCAACUGCUCCAACAUAGCAACCCUUUACCUACAGUGUGUCAACAACACUAAACAGAACAAGUUAAGAACAGGGGGCUAAGACGGAGAGAGAGACACAGAAAGCAAUGAAAAGUUUAUUGUGUGGGAUUACUGAUUAUCGACCGACUGUCAAACAGACCAAACCGGAGUGGAGGAAGUGAGGUAUGAGUCAGCACCAAGACACCCACCCUCAAAAACCCUGUGGAGAACCGACCCGAGCCAAACCAGACCACAGGCACCGAACACAGCACCCUGAUAGAGAAAUAGACACUUACCCCUCUCUUACCUUCUGUCUAUCUCUCCUGUGAGUAAGUAUGGAGGCACUGACACUGUCUUCCAUUUAGUAGAAACAGCAGCGACUGAGCUAUUCCCGCUGGAAGGACUGUAAAAAUGAACCAGAACGAUCACAAGAAAGCAAACCACCUCAAACCACUUGGAUCAAUCCCCUCCCACUUCAGCACUGAUAGGAAAUAAUAAUAAAUGUCGAUGUUGUUGUCCACAAUUCAUUGUUUUCCUGCUCCUAUUGCACUUCCCUCCACACUUCUGCACAUCUGUUUCUUCUUCAUGUAAUGUUAAUAAUGUAACCAUCAGCAUGUUGAGCGUUCAUCCAGACCAACACUUGUGACAAUGUCUGAUCAGAAGUAAUAAAAGACGAAACUAUGCAGUAA